CGCGUGCGCGCGCGUGUGUAUAAAAGUGGGGUAUAGCACUGCUGCUGCUGCCGCCACCACCACCACUACCGCCGCCACCGCUACCGCAGUACUCUCGCUGGUGCAGAGCUCCGGUGGCCAGACCACAGAUCCACUCCCGCCAUCCUCCUGCAGCAGUUCGUCCACCUUUUCCACACCGCCGGGCUCGCUAUGCGCUCCGCCGCGGUCCUGGCGCUUCUGCUGUGCGCCGGCCAAGUCUUAGCCCUCCCUGUGAACAGCCCCAUGACAAAAGGGGACACCAAGGUGAUGAAGUGUGUCGUGGAAGUCAUCUCUGACUCGCUGUCCAAACCCAGCCCCAUGCCUGUCAGUCCUGAGUGCCUGGAGACCCUCCAAGGAGACGAGAGGAUCCUCUCCAUCCUGCGACACCAGAAUCUGCUGAAGGAACUCCAAGACCUGGCUCUCCAAGGUGCCAAGGAGCGGGCCCAGCAGCAGCAGCCGAAGCAGCAGCUACACAGCAGCUUCGAGGACGAGCUCUCAGAAGUGUUUGAAAACCAGAGACCGGAGGCCAAGCAUGGAGACAUGGCAGCGGAAGCCCCCUCCAGGGACACCGUGGAGAAGAGAGAGGAUUCUGAGGAGGUGCAGCCCGAAGGCUCUGAGGGAAUCACUGAGGGACCCGGGCCUCAGGCUUUUCCAGAGCAGGAGUCUUCUGUGAUGGGGAACAGUCAGUCCCUUGAGAAGGACACAAUCACCAAUACCCAGCCACCAGCCACCUUCCCCAGCCAGGAGCACGUGGACCCACAGGCCACGGGGGACGGUGAGAAAGGUCUCAAUGCCCAGCAGCCAACCAGAAAAGCCAAGCAGGAGGAGAAAGAGGAAAAGGAGGUGAGAGAGGAGGCUGGGCCUGAAGGCGUCACCACUGCAGCCCCCAGGCCCCAUUUCCAAACCAGCUACAAGGAGAUCCAGAAAGAUGAUGGUCAGUCGGAGUCUCAGGCUGUCGAUGGAGGUGGAAAGGCUGGGACCUCAUCUAAAGGGAAGGGGGAGCUGGAGCACUCUCAGCAGGGGGAAGAUGGAGAUGCUUCGAUGGCGGGGGACCCCCAAGGUCUCUUCCCAGGCGGGAAGAGCCAGGAGCUGGAACAUAAGCAGGAGGAGGAGGAGGAGGAGGAGCAUCUGUCCAGAGACUGGGAGGACAAGCGAUGGAGCAGGAUGGACCAGCUGGCCAAGGAGCUGACAGCGGAGAAGCGGCUGGAGGCAGAAGAUGACCCUGACCGCUCCAUGAAGCUCUCUUUCCGGGCCCGGGCCUAUGGCUUCAGAGACCCCGGGCCUCAGCUACGCCGGGGCUGGAGGCCAUCUUCCAGAGAAGACAGUGUGGAGGCCCGAGGUGACUUUGAGGAAAAGAAGGAGGAGGAAGGCAGCGCCAACCGCAGAGCAGAGGACCAGGAGCUAGAGAGCCUGUCAGCCAUUGAGGCAGAGCUGGAGAAAGUGGCUCACCAGCUGCAGGCAUUGCGACGGGGGUGAGGCACUGGCUGGUGGGGGCCAGCCAUGGCUUCAAGGCACCGUGACCCACGGCCUGAACGCUGUUCCUUGUAGGGUUGCUUCCAGCCGCCGGAGCCCAGGUUGCCCCCUUGUCCCUCGCACCCUCUUGUUCUCAGCCCCCCACCCUGGACACUUCUGCAGGACAGCCCUGACUGUCAACACAGAUUCCUUCUUGGAACACAGGCAGCUUUCUAGAAGUUUCUCUCCCACCUUCUUAUCCAUGGGGCACAUCUGCAAUAACUUCUGACCUUUGGGCAAAAGCCAAGAACUCCUGACCAUAAGAUAAAAUUUAUUGAAGGAAGAAUAAACCUGCUUUGGGCUCUU